AUGACAGAGACCUCCCCAGUCGCCAUCACGCAUCCAACCACGGAGCCUUUCCCGGUCACCGCCCCUCUGAACUCACCCAUCAUCAACGGCGCCGUCUCAGAUUCGGUUCCGGUUGAAGAGGAGGAACCGUAUACCAUCAAAUGCAUUUGUGCGUUCGAAGACGAUGAUGGGAACACGGUCUUCUGCGAGGGGUGCGAAACAUGGCAGCAUAUAGAAUGCUACUAUCACGCUCGGGACGUUCCAGAGGUCCACAACUGUGUCGACUGUGAGCCCCGUCAUCUCGACGGUCGGCGCGCUACAGAGCGACAGCGACGCCUCAGAGAGCAGAACGAUGGCGGUGACCGGAAGGCUAAGCGAUCAGGGGCGAAGAGCCACAAGAAGAAGGUCAAGGAUCAUGCGGAUCAUGUGAAUGGUUUUCAUCAACGAUCAGAGUCGAGCAGUCGCGAUCAGCCCCCUUUCAAGAAGACAAAGAUCAGCCAUCGCGCGUCGGGCUCAAUCAGUUCGUUGCCGGGUAACCCGGGGCUUUCCUCUGAUGGACGCAAGCGCACCGCAGCUUCUAUGAGCCCCACCAAACCGCCCGGGCCCUCGAUUCCUUUGUACUCUAACGAAUUCCUCCACCUUUACGACCAGGACCAUGGGCAUGCCGAUAUGGUCAGCAAUCUUAUCGGCAACUUGACUGUCGCCACCGACCUCUCCUUGUGGGUGAAAGAUCCUGUCUACCUUACCCAGGUAGCCAACGGUCGUUCUGCAGACGAUAUUUUUACUAGGUCUGGCGCAGCUUUGGACCGAUCCCACUGGCCGUCGCUCACUGUCGAGUCAUCAACGGAUAGCAGUAUCGAAGUUGACGGCAAACAUCCGACAUGGAAGGUUCUCAAAACGCAACAUGCUGUUGGUAGGGAUGAGAUCGUUGGGGAGAUUAUAGGCAAGGUUGGUCUGUUACGCAAUUAUUGCCUUGACCCCGACAACCGUUGGCAAGAAUUGCGGCAUCCCGAGCCUUUCGUGUUUUUCCAUCCUCAACUUCCGAUAUACAUUGACUGUCGGCAAGAAGGCAGUAUUCUUCGCUAUGCCAGACGUUCGUGUCGCCCCAACGUGACUAUGAAGACCUACAUCACAAAUGAAAAUGAGUAUCAUUUCUGUUUCGUUGCUAAAGAGGACAUCGCACCUGAUUCGGAGAUUACCGCGACAUGGUAUCUCGAUCCUCAGUUGUUCGGAUCGACUAAUGGUAUCGUUAAGCAAGAGCCUGGUGACAAUAUGCAGGAGCUUGCUGCUGUUUGCAUCAGCAAUGUGCUGGCUAACUUUGGUGGUUGCGCGUGUGUUCCGCCACACAACUGCCUGCUCUCAAAUCUUGAUUGCCGCCGCCAUCCGAAGCUUGUGGAUGGAAGCGCAAAACAAGCCAAUGCCAAGCGAAGGAAAACAAAGAGCAAGUCUACUGUAUCGCCGCCUGCCAACAAUAGCCGUGCUGGGAGUGAGGCCGUCAAGAAUCUGGACGAUGAUGAACACGCGGACAGCCGUUCUACAUCGGGCUCCACACGUGGGCAGACCCGUAGCCGGGAUCUGACUCCGACCCUACAAACCCCCACCGAUUCAUUGGUCUUCGGGGAUUCUGAACUGUCUGCUCGCGAAAGGCGCAAGAUCGCGGCAGCAGAAAAAAAAUUCCAACAGUUAGAGCAGGACCAGCAGACAACUCACAGACGGAAGAAGCGUGUUAGUGGGCACUCCGCUCAAACACCCGGAGCAAGCACUUCUGAUCGUCAAUCAUUCUCGCCCCCAUUAUCUGGAGGCGAUCACCGAUCACCGCGCAAACCUUCUGGUCCCAGCACUCCUGCGUCCCGGUAUGUCGACUCUGCCGUUCAAGCAGAUAUUGAGGUUCCCAACGGCGUGAUACCGUCCCCUCCCUCCUCCAAGCGACCUAACUUCAUCCCUCUUACUCAGCGUCUGCUCAAGCGAUGUCAUAUUGACCGAAUUCGGAUCGAACAAAUCAGUCGUCAACAGCCUGUCUCACCUCAAUCGAGUAAAACUGCACUCGAAGGGUCAUCUCACCUUGCUCGGACCCCAACAGCCACUACCCCGAGUGUAUCAGGGGAGAAGGAAGAUGUGGAGAUGCAUGAUCUAGAGUCACCAAGUGAAGCAUCCUCAGCACGAUCACAGACACGCAAUGUAUCUGUGGAUAUGUCACCGUCCCACGGGCGAGGGCCAGGGAAAGCGGUGCCGCUGUCAACACCAUGGCCGUCCAGCGCGGCGCAUAUCGCCCGAAUACCUGCGCGCAAGGCCACCAGCCCUCGUGUAGACCUCCACGUACCUCUAGUCACCUCCACAUCCCUUCCGUCAGCGACGAGCCCAAAUUCAGUUUCAUCAGCUAUAUCAUCGCCGUCCACUUUGGAUCCGACCUCGCAGCACUCCGCCGCAACCGCUCUUCCCGGGGCGGGAUUGGCCGCGCCUAGCCCUGUGAAAAAGAAGCUCAGUCUAGGUGACUAUCUCAGUCGAAGGGGCUCGCUGAAGACUCCAACAUCGGAGAAAUCGCAGGCCCAGGCUGCGAUGCCGCCACCGACCCCACCUAUACAGUCUUCGGACAGACGUGAUGUUUCAGCCAUGGCGGUUAAUACGCACCCGGAAGGUGGCUCUUCUUUGUCGAGUCCCACGGCGGCAGAUGUCAUGAUGAAGGAUGUUUCUGGCUCAACGCAACCUGCACACACUCCGACAACCUCCUAA